GAAAAAAUAGAUAAACAUUAAAAACGAUAACAAUCAGCAAGUAGUUCCAAUCAGCAGAUCCAGUCCUUGCGAAUAAAAAAUGCAGCUUUGUUGACCCGUUGCCAUUGGCAUCGAUAUUGACUCAAUGAUCACUUGUAUUUUCACAUGUAAAACAGAAGUACAGAAUAAAAACAUAAAUCCAGACAACCAUACAAUAACAAAAUGGACUGCGAACACGUGUACAGUAAAACUCGUUCGCUAUUUGGUAAAUGGUGUAAUUUUUCUGAGCACGAUAAGAUCGAAGUGGAUGUUAAGAGUGAACCUAAUUUCAUGAAGGAAUAUAUAAGGCUCGAUCCUGUCACCCAGGAGACGCAAUUCAGUAGAAAAUUUGCAGUACACGAGGUAAAUACGACAACUGCUACCUUUAAAGAAUCUGGACAGCACCAUGUGGAGGGUGGAUGGCCCAAGGAUAUCAACAUGCAUGAUCUGGAGCAAACUGUUCGUUAUCGAAGGAAAGUCGAAAAAGACGAGCUUUACAUUCACACAAUGUUGCAAUUACUUCCACCCAUGGAGCACACGAUUCUUCAGAACAACGCCUGUAAUAUUUACGAGCAGUACUUCCAAGACGAGGAGAUUACACCACUGAUUCAAAGAACAUUUUCAAGAACAGUGAAUGUUUAUCGGGACAUCGUACCCCUGAAGAGACCAAUCACUCAUCUUUCUUGGUCACCCGAUCAGGGAAAUCGAUUAGCCGUCAGUUAUUGCGACACAGAGUUCAGAAAAUCAAAAAUUUUUAGCUGCAAUUCAUAUAUCUGGGACGUUGACAACCCGAAUACACCAUUUAUCACUCUGAGACCCUCAUUUCCAAUAGUGACGAUGGAUUACAGCCCCAAGGACAGCAAUAUCUUGGUGAGUGGUUUGAUGUCAGGUCAAGUAGCAAGUUGGGACAUCCGAAGAGGUGUUGAACCCGUCGAAAUGAGCCUCCCAGAGAAUAGCCACCGGGAUCCAUGCGACAAAGCCUUGUGGAUUAAUUCGAAAACUGGAACUGAAUUCUUCAGUGCAUCCCGAGACGGUCAGAUCAAGUGGUGGGAUACUAGAAAGCUUCAAGCACCAAUAGAAUCAUUAGUCAUUGAUUUAGUUAAACCAGAGGAGCAGAACAUAGAUCGUGCCACAGGAAUUUCAGCUCUGCAAUUCGAAUCGUCCAUUGGGACUCGUUUCAUGUGUGGCUUAGAAAACGGAAUGGUGAUAUCGGGUAACAGAAAGGGAAAAACACCAGGAGAAAAAAUAGCAACGAGAUUUAGAGCACAGUAUGGCCCGGUAAUUAGUGUAGAGCGAAAUCCUACGUUUGUUAAGAAUUUUCUCACGGUUGGAGAUUGGACAGCUCGAGUGUGGUCUGAGGAUUGUCGAGAGGCUUGUAUCACCUGGACCCCGUAAUUAUUCAGGCUGUCAUUUACUUUCAUUAAUCCAGGAACAGAACAGAAGAUAUCAAUUUUUUAUGAAUCCACUCUUUAAGGACCGGUUGGAUUAUCUGGAAAAGAUAAUUUACU